AUGGUUAAGAUAACAGGUUUUGUGAGUCUCCUAUGCUUUAGCUUCGGUCUUUAUGGGUGCAAAGGGUGUCUCCAGGAGGAGAGGACUGCUGCCUUACAACUUUGGGAUUUUUUCGACUCACAUGGCUCUACUGUUCAUAUGAAGUUGGAGGGAGAUGAUUGUUGUCAAUGGGAUUUUUUUGUAAAGUGCGACUUGUUUAAUUCGACAAACCGUGUGGUUAUCAUUGAUCUUACCCCCCGAAGGGAUACUACAGGGCUGGGAACAUUGUACCCAAAUGCUUCUUUGUUUACUCAUUUCAGUGAGUUACAAGAACUAUACUUGGAUGAUAACAACAUCGGAGGUUGGAUUAUGCCAGAAGCAUUAUGUGAACUACGGAAUCUCAAAGUGCUGGAUUUAGGUUUGAACAAUCUAGACGAUGGAGGCCUUCCAAGGUGUCUUGCACGUGGCCUUCCAUUUUUGAGAGAGAUUUACCUAUAUCGCAAUUCUCUCAACUUAUCAUCUCCUCUUUUAUCAGCAAUAUGUGGAUUAAGGAAUCUUCGUGUGUUAGAUCUAAGCUAUAAUCUUCUAAGUAAUGGAAGUUUUCCACCUUGCAUGUUGAGUACAUUCUCUUCAUUGGAAAAGCUUUACUUAGGGAACUUUACCCUUGAACAAUCGUCUUCUAAUGUCCUAACAGCAUUACAAGGAGCAAGAAAUCUUCAAUACUUGGAUCUAAGAAAUAACAAUCUCAGCGAUGGAAGUAUGAAAGUAUUAUGUGAAGUAAGGAAUCUUCGGACAUUGGAUUUAAGUUAUAGCAAUCUCAAUGUGGAAUAUAUACCACAUUGUCUACAACAAAACCAUUCUUCUUUGGAAGAACUUACUCUACAAGGCACUUUUACCACCAACGACUCGGAUGCUCUUCUAAAAGGUAAAUAUUAA